AUGAUCAAGCGGAUAGACGAAGACGCUCGACUGAAGGAGCUGGACUACACAGCACUGAAGACGCUGAAGUUCGUAGCAAGACUUCAGGAUUCAUCGCUUCGUGAAGUUCGUCUCAGAAUGCUCUGUCGACUGGAUACGCACACAGAAGAUGCGCCGUUGACGAUGGAAGUUGCUGAAUGGGAGAACUUCACCGCAUUGAAGAUGGACAACACAGACAUGGAAGGAAGUCAUGAUGUCCAUGUCCUGCACAAAAAGAAUGUGAAGUGCUUCAAUUGUGGAGGACCGCACUACAGAAGCACAUGUCCGCUUCUCUCCUCCAGCACUGGACAGAAGAUGCGACAGAGACCAAGAAGACGAUCCAACCGUCGCAAGAAAAGUCAGUGCAAGAACGUUGUCACCUUCGCCGCAGAGAACGCUCGAACCUACCUCGAUUUAAAUAUCAGGGGACGUUCUCUACGCUUGCAGCUCGACACAGGCGCAGAUAUCACGUUGGUAUCACAUCGAACGUGGAAAAAGCUCGGAUCUCCACCCUUGAACCCUGUAUCAUGCCAGUCAAAACGGCAGAUGGAUCACCGAUGA